UGGGGGAGAGAGGCAGACAUUUCACUAGAGGAAGGAAAGGACAUCGGAUUACUCUGCACAGAGAUUGAAGAACAGACAAUGAAUACCCAACACCCAUGGGAAACUUUGGAUCCAAAAUACAUCAAGCAAUUAGAGCUAGUAGAUGUUCAAGGAGUUCCUUUGCUUGAGGAUACUGCAGAGCAGUGGGAUAUGGUAUGGGACUUUAAAGCUCGUCCUGAUGACGUUCUUAUUUGCACUUACCCCAAAGCAGGGACCACUUGGAUGCAGGAAAUUGUGGACAUGAUCCAGCACGGAGGAGAUGCACAGAAAUGUGCACGGGGUCCCAUCUAUGAACGCAUGCCCUUCAUUGAACUCUGCCUUCCCAAACCCCUGCCUUCAGGUUAUGAAGAGGCAGAUGCAAUGCCCUCUCCACGAACCCUCAAAUCUCAUCUUCCUGCCCAUCUCCUGCCACCUUCCUUUUGGGAACAGAAAUCCAAGAUCAUUUAUGUGGCCAGGAAUGCCAAGGACAAUGUUGUCUCCUAUUUCUAUUUCCAUAAAAUGGACAAGAUGAUGCCAGAAUGUGGAAGCUGGGAAGAGUUCCUAGAGAAUUUCAUUGCUGGGAAGGUUGCCUGGGGCUCUUGGUUUGAACAUGUUCGUGGGUGGUGGGAGGCAAAAGACCAUCACCCAGUUCUCUAUCUCUUCUAUGAAGACAUGAAAGAGGACCUAGCUCGAGAAAUCCAAAAAGUAGCCAAGUUCUUGGGCAUAGAGCUCUCAGAAUCAGUUCUGAACCGUAUUGUGCAGCACACGUCGUUUGAGAGCAUGAAAGCAAACCCAAUGGCUAAUUACAGCACCCUGCCUGAUACCCUCAUGGACACAUCUGUGUCAUCUUUCAUGAGAAAAGGCACGGUAGGAAAUUGGAAAGAGCACUUCACAAUGGCUCAAAGUGAGCGGCUGGAUGACAUCUGUGCCCGAUCAUUGGCAGGCAGUGGCUUGACCUUUCGCACACAGUUAUAGUUGUGAAUCUGGACACCCAGGAGUGGACAUUCCUGAUCAGGACUGUAGCCAAAUAUACUGGAAGAAGAAGGAAGGUUUCUCCUGCUCUUCUUCAUGUUAUUGUUCCUGCUUCUUUCCUCCUCAUUUCCUGGACUCCUAAAUCCUAUUCUGUCCUUCAGGAGCUGAAUGCACCUAACGUGUGUCAAGGAAGAGUGAAUUAGUUCUGCCUCCUCUGUCAUUGCUUUGCUCACAACAUGAAGCAUCAAGCCUGAAGAGAAAGAAUGUGGGAUUUAUUUUAGGCUUCAGCAACUGAAGCCUAAUCUUAUCCAGUUUGGGAUAAGAUGUCUCAGGUCCUAUAAAACUGGAUUUUGUGCCCUAGAUCCAAAAUAAUUUGAAAAUUUGGAUUGUCAGCUUCCCAUUGAAAUAGACUGGAAAACCAAAAUGGUUGUAACUUUUGUUUGUUUAUUUCAGCAAUGAUAUAUGUGAAUUGCAGCGGCAUCAUAAAUAAAAUAAUUGCUUGUUCAAAGCCCAACAGAUUUGAUUUCUGUGGCCAGCAUUAACUCACUCAAUGGAAGGUGGUCCAAUCUGAUCUGCACUUAAGUCUAUAUAGUUAGAUGUAAGUUGCUG